AGUUUUACGAGGUACUUUCCUUUCAAAGAUACUACGUGCUUAAUUGUCUUGCAGAACAGAUUUGUACCGUUGACAAAUUGAAAUGGGCUCCCUUCUAGCGUUCACAGUGCUGCUUUUCCUGCGAGCGGUGCUAGCCUUAAGCGAAAACACGUGGGGCGGACUUCCUGAACGCCUGCUUCCAAGUGCUCUUGUCAUGCAUCAUGAAGCAGACAAGCAAUUCGAUGAGGAGGCGACGCCUUGGGUGGAGCAGGUCGGGCUCCAUCCCCGCGCCUACCUCUUCCACAACUUCCUCACCAAGGCUGAGCGCGCACACAUGGUUCGGCUCGCAGCUCCAAAGCUGAAGCGCUCCACAGUCGUCGGCAACGACGGCGAGGGCGUGGUCGACGAAAUCCGGACCAGCUAUGGCAUGUUUAUUCGUCGGCUGGCAGAUCCCGUCAUCACACGAAUUGAGAAGCGCAUCUCCCUCUGGACGCACCUUCCUAUUGAGCACCAGGAGGACAUUCAGGUGCUCCGAUACGCGCACGGGCAGACGUAUGGCGCCCACUACGACUCGGGGGACAAAUCCAAUGAGCCCGGGCCCAAGUGGCGCCUGGCCACCUUCCUGAUGUACCUGUCCGACGUGGAGGAGGGCGGUGAGACGGCCUUCCCUCAGAACAGCGUCUGGUACGACCCCACCAUCCCUGAGCGCAUCGGCCCCGUCUCGGAAUGUGCCAAGGGCCAUGUCGCCGCGAAACCCAAGGCCGGGGACGCCGUACUGUUCUACUCGUUCUACCCCAAUCUUACCAUGGACCCAGCCGCCAUGCACACGGGUUGCCCC